UAUUGGUGGAGGGGGGGUUGGAGGGAUGGUGGUGGUGAUGGUUAGUUGGGUGGUGGAUAUGUUAGUUGACUGCCAUAAUACUAGUAGCGCAAGUAGGGAUGCCAUUUGCUUCAGGUACGGCUUGAGAGGAUCUCCCUCGAUAACGCGUAGACUUGUAGUUUUAGUUACGGCACUGACCAGGACGUACCCUCUGACGUGGCUCAACUUCUUCCAGUACAAUCAGCUGACGGAGGACGCGUGUUUCCAUCUGAACGAUCUUCUGCUCCACAACACUAUCGUCGCCGAGCUCAACCUCCGUGGAUGCCGAAUUGGACCGAGCGGAGCGAAGAAACUCGUCGACGGACUAUCCACGACCACGUCCUUGUUGAGUCUCGACCUUAGUCGAUGUGAAUUGAAAGAUGAGGGUCUGCUCGAGAUCGUUCCCGCUAUCCUGGCUUGUGGGACUCUCAGCUUCAUCGACCUCUCGCACAACCUGCUGGCCAGCGGAUCAGCCGAGAUCCUGAAGACGUUGCUCUCCGAGAACGAGUCGUUGAGGCAUUUGGACCUCUCCUGGAAUUCCCUCUUCGACCGGGAAACCGUCAAGUCCCUCUUCAAAGGCCUCCUCAAGAAUUAUGAACUGCUCAGCCUAGACCUCUCUUGGAAUUCCCUUGAUAAAGACUGCGUUCCGUUCCUCGGCCCCUUCCUGGCACGGACUUUGAGUCUCCGCAGGUUCAACCUGAGUGGAAACAGAUUCAGUCCUCAUGAUGCAGAGGCGAUCGCCAGGUCCUUGUCAAGGAACGUCUCUUUGGAGGAGUUCUUCCUGGGUAACAACCCGUUGAAAGCCCAAGGUGCCCUAGCCCUCGUCCGAGUUCUUGCACCGAAUCGCUCGCCUUCUAGCAGUCUUCGACACCUCGACCUGGAGAACAUCUGGGCAGACAAGAACGUCCUUCCUGAACUGGAGAAGAUCCGGGAAGAAAGGCCUUGGCUUAGGAUUCGAUUAGGAGGAGUUCUUGGUGAUUUUCAGAUAAUCGGCCCUGAUCCUAGGAAGCUUCUAAUGGACAGGGCCAUUUUCGAGGCGAUGAAACCUAAGAAGAGAAAGCUGAAAAAGAAUUUUGGACACUUCGUGCUGACACUCGGAGAUACGUUCGCUUCGAAAGCUCAAUUCAUGGAGGCGAUAAAGAAGUUUAAGUUGAAAUUAUCCGAGUCCUUAGUCGAAGAGAUCAUGAAGGCCUUCUCUGGGCCUAAGCAGGUCGUUGAUCAGGGCGCCAUAAAGUCGUAUUUUUUGGAACAAUAUCCUGAUACGCGGCCACCUUCCCCUCCAACCGAAAAAAAGGCGAAGAAAGCGAAAAAGGCAGAAAAAAAAAAUUAA